AUGGACUACCAGGCGCUCGCCCGGUGGGUCGAGCACGCGAUUCCCUUUGUGGUCUUGCUGGCCAUCGUCUUCCUCUAUCACCACGCCACAGGGCUGUUCCUGUGCGCCUGGCUUGGCUGCAGCGUCUACAAAGCGAACGAGGUGCUGCGCAAGAUCGUCGCCCAGACCGCCUGCGAGCCGUCCGAGCUGGCGGCCGCGGUCAUGUUUGUCGCCACCAACGUGGCGCUGACGCUGUGGCUGACCGGCGCGCAGCAGUGGCGGGCGCUGCUGCUGCUGCCGCCCGCCGAGGCGCCGGCCACGUCGCUGCACGCCGCGUUCAGCGUGGCAAUCACCGAUUCAUUGGUCAGGUGCUGCGGCGUCGUGCCUAAGGUCCUGAUCGCUGCAGCUACCAGGAAGCCGGCCUGCAGCGGCGGCGCAGGCCGCGCCCGCAGGGCCAGCGGCGCCAACGCAGCUGCUAGGGAGCUGCAAGAGAGCAGCGAGGCGGGGCCAAGCGACGGUGGCGUCGAGGGCUGCGUCAGCGGCAGCAGCACUGGCGGUGAUGGCGGCAGUUCUACCAGCAGCGGCGGCACCGCUGCCGCCACCGUCGCCCCUGCAGGCAGCUGGGCGUUGCGCUUCUUGACCUGUGGCGCCGCGCUCUUCCGCCGCAGCGGCCGCGCCGCCGAUCCCGCGGCCGCAGCCGUGCCCCGCCGCUCCAGCAGUGGCGCCCGCCUCGCGGUCCCCCCGCCGCUGCCGGCGCCCGCGCAGCCGCAGGCCCCGCACGCGGCCGUGGCGCACGUGUCCGCGCGGCGGCGUGCGCGGCUGCUGGCUCUGUACGACUACAUACAGGCCUCGGUCCGCGUCGUGCUGCCCGCUCCGGUCUGGUGCUCCUACCUGAUGACCUCGACCCGCAACCCCACGCUGUGCACGCUGCUGGUUGCGGCAUACCUGGCGUUCAAGGCGCACGGCCUCUUCCGCAGGGGCCAGCUGCUGCUGCUCGCGACGCGGCUCGUGCUGCGGACGGGCGCGCUUUACGGGCGCUACCUGAAAAGGGCUGAGAUCGGGGUCGGGGCGGACGCGCCGGUCUGCCCGAUCUGCCAGGACCCGUGCGCCGCGCCGAUCCGGCUGGACUGCUCCCAUGUGUUUUGCGAGGAUUGCCUGGCUGAGUGGCUGGAGCGGGAGCCCACCUGCCCGAUGUGCCGCUGCAACGUCAAGCCCCCCGGCUUCACGCUCGGGGACGGCUCCACCACGCUGCUCCCGCAGCUGUUUUGA